GGUGAGGAGGCGCAGGGGAGGCGGGCGGGGCCAGGCUGAGGGGAGGUGCGUGCGGCACGUCCGGGGGCGGCCCUGGCAGCGGCGGCUCGAGCCCAACAGCACCGCCACGACGGCGCGUGGAGGAGGCGCGAAGCGGUGCGAGCCCAACGGCUGGAGCCCGACGGCCGGCGGCGGCGGCGGCGGCACCGGCGUGAGGUGCAUGUGACAGCAUUGCAGCGAUGAGUGGAAUUUUAAAGAGGAAGUUUGAAGAAGUUGAUGGCUCCUCACCUUGUUCCUGUGUGUGGGAAUCAGAUGAUGACAUUUCUAGCAGUGAAAGUGCUGACAGUGGAAGCAAUGUCCAUCCAUCAGCGUCUAAUCAUUUUAACCGUGCAUGUGACAGCAUUGCAGCGAUGAGUGGAAUUUUAAAGAGGAAGUUUGAAGAAGUUGAUGGCUCCUCACCUUGUUCCUCUGUGCGGGAAUCAGAUGAUGACAUUUCUAGCAGUGAAAGUGCUGACAGUGGUGAUAGUGUCAAUCCAUCCACUUCUAAUCACUUUACCCCUUCGUCAAUCCUUAAAAGAGAGAAGAGGAAGAGAACAAAAAAUGUCCAUUUUAACUGUGUUACUGUGUAUUACUUCACGAGAAGGCAAGGCUUCACCAGUGUUCCUAGCCAAGGAGGAAGCACACUGGGAAUGUCCACUCGCCACAACAGUGUGCGCCAGUACACGCUUGGAGAGUUUGCAAUGGAACAGGAGAGGCUUCACCGGGAGAUGCUAAGAGAGCAUCUAAGGGAGGAAAAACUCAAUUCUCUAAAAUUAAAGAUGACAAAGAACGGUACAGUGGAAUCUGAAGAGGCGAAUACCCUGACACUGGAUGACAUUUCUGAUGAUGAUAUUGAUCUAGACAACACUGAAGUAGAUGAGUACUUCUUUCUACAACCCCUGCCGACAAAAAAGCGAAGGGCACUGCUACGAGCUUCUGGAGUGAAGAAGAUUGAUGUGGAAGAAAAACAUGAGCUGCGAGCCAUCCGGCUGUCCAGAGAGGAUUGUGGCUGUGACUGCCGUGUGUUUUGUGAUCCAGAAACUUGCACUUGCAGUCUUGCAGGCAUAAAAUGUCAGGUGGAUCGUAUGUCUUUUCCAUGCGGUUGCACUAAAGAAGGGUGUAGCAAUACAGCAGGUAGAAUUGAAUUUAAUCCUAUCCGUGUACGGACUCACUUUUUGCACACAAUAAUGAAACUCGAAUUGGAGAAAAAUAGAGAGCAGCAAGUUCCAGCACUAAAUGGCUGCCACAGUGAGAUAAGUGCACACACUAGUUCUAUGAGUCCAGGACCCCAUCCGGUUGAAUAUUCAAUUGCAGAAAAUUUUGAGAUUGAAACUGAACCUCAGGCUGCAGUUAUGCAUUCUCAGUCAGCCGAGGACUUGGACUGCCCUGGGGAAGAGGAGGAAGAGGAAGAUGGGAGUAGCUUUUGUAGUGGAGUUACAGAUUCUAGCACUCAGAGUUUAGCCCCUAGUGAAUCAGAUGAUGAUGAAGAGGAAGAGGAAGAUGAGGAAGAUGAUGAGGAAGAAAAAGCAGAUGAUUUUGUAGAAAGCAUGGGCUCCCAUGCUGAUAUGGUGCCUCUUCCUUCUGUCCUUUGCUACUCUGAUGGAACUGCUGUGCAUGAAAACCACUCUAAAAACACCUCAUACUAUACUAACUCUUCAAAUCUGUAUUACCAAAUAGAGAACCAUGUUGCUGGCACUGCUAACCAGAUUGGUGAGACUUACUCAGAAAGGGAUGCUGUAAAGAAUGGUAGUCUUUCUCUGGUGCCUUACAACAUGACUUCAGAACAGUUUGUUGACUACACACGGCAAUCAGAGGAAACUUUUAGCAGCCCUCAUUACCCUUCUGCAAACCCCUCAGUGAUUGUUUGCUGCUCAUCUUCUGAAGGUGAUAGCAGUGCUCCAUGUAACAGUUUAUACACUGAGCAUAGGCCAAGUCACUCUCAAGUGGAAUUUCACUCAUACUUGAAAGGUCCUUCUCAAGAUGGAUUUGUUUCAGCUUUGAAUGGCGAGAGUCAUGUACAAGAGCACCCUGCUGAGAGUUCACUAAACCUCCCAGAAAGGAGCAGACUGCACGAAGAGUGCAUCAAAUCACCAGUGGUAGAAACGAUGUUCAAGAUACUUUGAUGGAAAUGUGAUAUACUGGAUAGAGUACUUGGCUAAGACAGAGGAGACCUUUUGGCUUUGCCUUUGUCUUGCUCCAUCACUUGGAAGUGCUCUGGUUUGCAAGGUACUUAGAGAUGUUGUGAUAAAAAUAUUCUGUAGAACAGACAGAAUACUAUUUUUUCCUCUUUUUUUCUGGAUUGGUAACUAAAUUUCUGUACUGCAAACUAAGUCACUUUCCUAAUAAAGCCCAGUCCAGCUCAGAAGUGAAUAGAAAUUGCAUCACUAAUGUGAAACAGCAAACAAAAGCAAGCUCUUUUUUCCAUGGACCAAAUUAAUAAGCAAAAAUUUAACAAUGAAUUUUGUAAAGAAAAUCAGAAUAAAAGCUUGACUUACCUAUUGAGUGCCCUGCCUUUGAGCAGCAAGACUGUAAUUUGUCAACGACACCAUAGUUGGCAGCAACAGGCAAUCUUAUUCCUUUGCGUAUCUUCUUUUGCCAGUUGAAUCCUCUGAGUUUAAACUUCUUGCUGAGGCUGCUCCUGUGGUGAAGCCAGAGUCCUCACUCUAAGCUUAAGCAAAAGAGACAGUUGGACCCACAGUGCUGUUUUAAAGGCAUUUGCAGAACAAGAAACUCCUGUGGUAUAACUCAUGAUUUAUAUAAACUCGUGCAUUAUGCUAGUUUAGUUUCCAAAAGCAGUCAGGACAGGCACAGAAGAGGAUGAUAUGGGAAAUUCUUAAUCUUUAGGGGUGUUAUGCUUUCCUACUGGGGCUCAAGAGUAGUUAUAUCAUCUACUUUAUUACGGUUUCAGAACAUUUGAUGUAAAAUACUUAGAAAAACUAGAAUGAACUCAGAGAAUAUAUUCUAUAGAAUUUAUUUCUAAAAUCCUAAAUCUGAUUACUAUUUUUUUAACUAGUAGAAAGCUACUGUUAUUUUCAAAACAUGCACAGAGUUCAUUAACAUGUUUCUUGGCAUGAGAAAUUUCAACAUUUGCUUUUUCAAUAUUUCUUUUAAAAAAAUUGUACCUUAAUUUUGCUGUUUUCAGUAAUCACUGCCUAUAUGCAAAUUAUUAAUUGUCCAUUUUCUCCAAGAGGUGUGCAAUCCAAAGUACAAACCUUAUGAAGCAAUGACUACAUGCUAUUUAGAUGUAAAGAUAUCUGAGUGAACACAUGCAUGAGUUCUUCAUAAGUACUUCCUGUUCACUGUCUCUUCCUCCUCCUCCCUCACAGGCAGCUUUUAAUUUGGUUGCUAAAAUGUUCCGAAGCGUUGUUACCUAAGGAGGAAGAAACCUAUAAAUAUUGUUGAGAACUUUCUGCCACUCUACUGGCUGAUAUCAAGAAUUUUAAUUACUGUAAGAACAUCCAAUUCAUUUAAAACAUCUCCAUAUUUUGCAGCCUUAGUCUUUGUGUUUUUUCCUUCCUCCCUUAAUCUAUGUAUCUGGGAAAGGUUUGUUGUACAGUAUGGUUUUUCAUUAAAAUCAAAUGAAUGUGAGGGCAACUCUAUUGUCCUCUGUGCUAGCUACCCUUUACUCUGGAAGAAGAGUAGAUUAUAUUUUUCACGUACGUUAACAAGCAGACAAAUUGGAACUGGUGAAAAAUGUCCCCUCCACCUCAUUGGCUCUGAGUAGACAGUUGUCAGGGAGUGAUCCCAGCAGGGUUCCUACAGACACUCCCUUUCCAUACACACAAACAGAAAGGAAACUUAACCCCAUGAGCUGCCAACAUGUGGUAGGGGAUCCUCUUGAAGCCUGCAGAUCCAGAGGAAGAGUGUAAUGCUUGAUACAGUAGAGCCCCAGUACAGGAUGAAAACCUAUGAUUGGGGAAAGCAGAAAAACAUUGUGUAAGAAAAUAAAGUUUCCUUCAAACUAGGGUUGCGAUUUUUUCGUAAUAUAAAUAAUAAAUGAAAAACACCCUUUUUAAAAAUGGAAGUGAAUUACAUAUGAAAAAGGAAAAUUAAAAAUGUGUAUUGCUCUACUUCUGUAUAGUCUAUGGUAAGAAGGAUACUCAGUAUGCAGAUGGUCCCACUGACUGGAGAACCAUGUUCAUGAUACUCUACAUUGUUACUUUUCAAUUGAGAUGAUACCAGGGUUAGCACAAAAAAUAAAGGCAAACCUCAUUUAUGUAUUCAAUUAUUUUCAAUUGAAUCUUAGCAGUGACACUUUAAUAAAACACCUAAAGAAAGCUAAUGUCAAAUAGAACUAAAUCAAAGAAGUUUGCCUCACGUGUGUUUGUCUCUAACUGUGCACUUGCCAGUAAGCCAUCAAGACUGGAUUAGCUUUUCUUGAUGGACAGGAAAAAUGGUGGAAUGUACAAAUGUACAAAUGAACACCACUGUUCUAACAUGAGGAUCAGAUAAUCCUUUUGUCUCGAGACAUGGGCAGAUACACCCUGGGGUGAGUGAUGGGAGGACAGAAAGGUCAGUGUAGAGGAAAAGAAGGAAGCAGGCAGGAAGUGGAUUAAUAAGGACUAUAUAGGAGAGAAGAAAUGAAAAAAAAAAAAAAAGGAAAUGAACAUAUCCCCAGAAGAGGGAUGGAAAAGAAUAUGCCUGUUCACUACAAGUUUAGCCAUAUCAAAUCAUAAUAUGAAUUUUGUUAAUAUUUUAAAGCAAAUAUGAACUCGGUGCAAAUAGGAAAUGUUGUUUUGCCAUAAAAAUUGUAUGCAGGCAAACAUUAAAUAAAAGACUUAUCCAAAAGCAUGGGGUAAAAAUAACAAAGGAAAAUAAAACCCUAGAAGCUACACCACGUCUUUUCUUUGCCUAUGUCAACUAUAAAGUCAAGUUCAGUAUCAUUUUAAGUAAAUCAGAUCUGAGACACAUGUUCUAAUAUAUGUUCCUCAAAUAACAACAGACACUCAAAGCAAAAAAAAGAAGCAUGUGUCCUUUUUAUUAACAUUUUAGCUUCAAAUUAUCAAAUGGGGCUUCGUACAUUAGGGUAGCUAAUUUGUCUAAGUUUCUCCACCAGAAACUUUUUUCUUUUUUCUUUUUUUUUUUAAGAACUGCUCAAGAAUGAAAUUUGAAAUCUGGAUUAUGGGUGAAGGUCAUCCUUGCUGGGGUAGUGGGGGAUUAUUGUGAAAACAGCCACCCAUUUGUGUUUUUCUGAGAUGCGGAUUGAACAUAGGUUUUUAGCUUCUUGAAUAGAUUUGAACAUUAUGUGCACUGGCAGCUAGUUCUUCUAACAAAAAACAACAAAACACAAGAAAGCAUGCUAUUUUUCUAAAAACCAUUACAUACAAAUACCACCAUGUUAGUUUUCACAUAACAAUGCCCACAUAAACAAUGCUCAACAACUGGGUCCUUCUUUUAAUUGACUGAUGUAGGCACUUCUAUGGAAAUAUGUCUGAAGUGUAGUUUGUGAAACAUGUUUUAAAGUGUUUGAUGUAAAAUAAGCGCUAGACAUUUAACAGUGCAAAAAUAGUCAAAAUCUGUAGGUUACAAAUUUGUUCCUAAGAGCCUCAGCCUGUAAUAGUGUCUUAGUAAAGUCAGUCUUUUAAGUUAAAUUGCAUUCUGGUGUAAUAACCUUUUGCAAAUAAAAUGAUUAAUACAGAUUAGUGACUGUAUUAAUUUUAUAUUAUAUACCUGGUUAAUACCUGUUAACAUAAAACAUAGCAGUUUUGUUAUUUUGAUUUGUUUCUAUCUACAACUAAUAGUUAGCAAUUUUGUAAAAAACAAAGCAUUUAUUACAUUAUUAUGUUUAAUGUUUUCAUUGUUUUAGCAAAUACGAACUGUCAAAUUUACACUGUCUAUUCCAAACCUUUCUUUUCGAAGGUUCAUCUCUCUCUCUGUAUAUAUAUUUCCCCAUAAAAACAUAAAAUUGCUUUGAAAAUUUUUUGUUGGCAAGUGGUAAAUAAUAGGCCACAGCAUGGAUUCAAAAGUUGAUGGUCUUUCAGACGUAAUCCAUUCAAAUCAGACUAGUAAAAUUGUGGUGUAAUUGCAGCAAUUUGUUUACAAUUUGUACAUUACAUCUAACUUUACUAUUUUUUGAGAAAUAGAACUGUUAAGUAAUCAACAUUUUCCAUUACAGAUGAUCUUGCAUACUAAAGUUAUGGAGAUCUCAACAGUAAAGCAACAUAUUUAAUUGGACUACUGCUUUUAAACUGUUUGAAGAAGCGAAGGGAAAGAAAUUCCAUCCUAAAUCUGUACAUGGAAAUAAUUUUAAACUUCACGAACUACACAUUUCCUUAAUUAGUUUCUUCUCUUUCUUAAAUAAGUUGUAACAUCAAAGAUGCCAAAGGGUAAUAUAAGCUACAAUAAUAUUCAACAGAACUUAACCUAGACCUUAUGUUGUAAUAAUUUAUUCAAAUUAACUGUAUUCUUCUGUAUUUAUAUUUUCAGUAUUUAUUAUGAAUGAUAUGGAAUUUGAUGUAUUUAUUGUGGCUUACUACUGCAGUGUAUAUAUUACAAAAAUGAGCAUUUUUAAGUCUUAACAUUAGUUUUUUUGUUAAUUAGUGGCACUUGUAUCGGCUGUAUUUUUAUUAUAUAUUGUACAAUAUAUAUUGUCCAUUUGUUUGCAAUGAAGUAAAACAGGUUUCUACG